AUGAAUCAAACUUCACCACCAUUACCCAACCUGCACACCUUGUCCAUCUCACCUCCUCCCGGAUCAUACUCCGCGACCAACAACAAUUAUCGUUACAACGGUGUGUUCGGCCCUCCGUCCCAGGGAUCGACCGUUUCUCCUGAUUGGGCUACCAGUCCGAAGAGAAGUUCGAGAUCUGGUAUUCCUCAGGGAUGGUAUGACUCCAACGCACCUCCGUUGAGAGAGUCGCCCAAUCUUAACGCUUACGAAGCGUUCCGUCGCGACGCCCCAUCCCCUCCUGCCCUCUCACCUCCUUCAUCAAUCACAUCUGUCCCCACCACCGCCUCGUCUCACCCUUAUCAGACAUACCAACAGCCCAACUAUCCUCCUGUUGACAACUUCGCGCCGUUGGCCGUCACCCCCUCCCCGCCUCCAGUGAUGUCAUAUGGUCUCAACACCGCUGCAUCUGCGCCUAAUCUCGCAGGGUACAAUGCUGGAGGAUUGCCUCAAUAUGGGUCUCAAUCUCUCGCCAGUUUCGGCAACAAUCACAAUCGCUCACAGGCCAACGGGUGGAGAAAUGGAUAUGGGAUGCCCUCUAUUCCUUCAUCGGACGAGGAUGUCAUUCCAACUGCCAUAGUAAUCAAGAAUAUCCCCUUCGCGGUCACUCGAGAAACGUUGCUAGGAGUAAUGGAGUCGUUAGGUGCUCCUCUACCAUACGCUUUCAAUUAUCAUCACGAUAAUGGAGUAUUCCGUGGAUUGGCUUUCGCCAACUUCCGUGCGCCUGACGAGGCAGCUUCGGUCGUCGCUGCGUUGAACGGAUACGACGUUCAAGGUAGGAAACUACGAGUCGAAUAUAAGAAGGUGUUACAACCUGGUGAGAAGGACAAGAUUGAGAGGGAGAAAGCAUUGAAGAGGAUGAGAUCGAUUCAAUUCGAUAAUACCAACAUCAACAAAGCGGAAUUAUCGAUCCCAAUCCCACCUCAACCAAUCUCAAGGCCCUCAAAUGGAUACGAAAACAACAGUCCACCACAAUCAGCCACCUCCGCUACCUCAGAUUCCUUACCUCUCACCUUAGAUAUGAACGAUCCUGCCGUGUUGGAUAUCUACUCUAGGGUUUUGGUAUUCAAAGAAGAUAGGAUGAGGGAUGAGUUAGCUUUCUCGAAAAACCUUACACCGACCGAGCGAAGGAUUGUUCAUUUGGUUGCGCAGAAACUGGGUUUGUCAAGCUCGACCAGGGGGGAAGGUGAUUUGAAAUCCGUUGUGAUUUUGAGGGAACCACCUCAACCUCAACACCGACCAACUCUUACUACUUCUUCUUCAGCUACCAUGUCAUCUUCGUCAUACCUUUCUCCUUACUCCACCACACCCACCAAUGAAUUAUCCCCUAAUUUACGAAUCAAGAAGUCCAUGCCUGACCUCAGAGGUUUCAAUGGCCCAGUGGUAGCCAGAGAUCCCGCUCGAUCGCUCAACCCUCAAAGAUCGUCGGGUAACCUUCGAGCCGACGCUGGUGGAAGAGAUUAUGUAUCGAUGGGUGCUGCUCAAGGUAGAAGGACCAUCGGACAAGGUCAAGCAUCAGGUUCAUUCAAUGGUCUAUUCGGCGACAUCAUCCCUCCUGUUCCUCCCCUUCCUUCGGGAUUAGGCUUACACUCUAAAGGACACUCUAUCUCUUCUUUCGGUAAUUCCAAUGGUGCCUCCGACCCAAUGGGCGAGAUGCUGUCUUCCCAACCUCUUCGAAAUCCCAGAGGUCCAGCCGGCGAAUCAAGAGGGUUUGGCGGUGUAGGUGGAUUCAGACCUACUUCCAAUGCUAGUAACAGAAGUAAUAUAAUGAUGGGAAGGAGAGUCUCAGAGGAAGAUGAAGAAGUCGAUAAUUCAAGUUUGGGUGGUGGAUCAGGAUCAGUGGGAUCGAAUUCAAACUCAGCGGUUGGGAGUGAAAGACAAGCUGCUGCCAACGCCAAUGCCGCUCAAACCAACCAGAACCAAGGUUAUAUGGAGGGUAUGAGAACUAGAGAAUCACUCGAGCUCUAG